UUCCUGGCGUACUUUCGCCGAUGCUGGGAUAACUGCAGCGAUCGCUGGAGUAACUAUGGACGUCGUCAACGAUUUACUGCUGGUAACAUCACGACCAAUCGGAUUGAGUCUAGUUGUGGUCAGAUCAGACAGCUUUUCCGGAGAAAAUGCAGCAUGUUCAAG